AUGAUUGAUGAGGCAGUGAUCCAGCGAGACUUCCGGGCGGUGAUCGACGACGCGCGUCGGGGCGCAGUGGCCAGAGAGGCGUUCUGGGUGCGUGUGAAUGGCCAACGCCACGAUUUCGAGUGUGCGGGCGACAGCGUGCGGGCUCUUGGCGAUUGGCAGUUUGGCCAGGAUGCCGACACAGUGGUGCUUUCCAACGGGUCCAAGACGGUUCGCAUUGGUCUCGCGGACUCGCGAGCCGAGUCUGAGCUCGACGUUUCGUGUGUGGCCACCACUGUGGACGGAGACCUAGCUCUGGGCUCGGCCAAUGGGGCGUUGGAGUUUGCCAGGACCGACGGAACGUUUCAGACAAUCGCAAACGCACACUAUGCCAACGUUCUGGACGUCCAGUUCUUCCCGAGCAAGCAAGUGGUUGCCAGCAUGGGGCUCGACUACAGCGUGAAAAUCUGGUCUUUCCUCGACGGAAGCAACCCACGCACUUUGCGCAAACACACGGCCAGUCUGACCGGGCUGGCCAUCAUUGGCAAGGGCCGCAACGUGGUUACCGGCGCGCGGGACGGAGCAGUCUACGUGUGGCAGUGCGCCACGGGCGAGGCCGUCUGGGAGUUCCGGAGAGUCAGAGAGCCGUGCGAUCCCGUUGUCGGGUUGGCUGUUCUAGACGACGGAACAGUGUCAGAUCAGGCCGCGGCAGUACAGGACACCAUAUUCUUUGAGAUGCAGGGCAAAAAUCUGCUCGUGGCACACGAAAGUGGGGUGGUUGCAAUUUACGAUAUGGAAACCAGAAGCGCGACAGGCGAGCUUUUCGCGGGAAAGAACAUCACCGCAAUGGAUGCGCACGAAGACCUGCUGGUGACGGGCCACUCAGACGGCACGGUGCGUUGUUUCAAGUCGUACGAGCUCUGCUGGGAGCAAAAAGGAGCAGAGGAGGUGCGGAAAAUCCAGAUCGCCCAAGGGAAAAUUUUCUGUUUGUUCCGGCAGCUGGUUGCUCUCACCCCGAAGGGCGAACAACAAAGCAUACUCUACCAGGAAGAAAAACCAAACAACUUCACAGUGGCCAACGAUGGCGUGUACACGGCCAGUUUGAAGGCGGUGCACAAGUUUUCACACGGCACCCGUGCACCAGUAUUAUUGUGA